AUGUUAAUACCUACUUUACAGCUUUGCCUGGUGCAUUACUGCGACGUCCAUGGGCCUACGCCCUUGAUGGUCACCGAAGGGAUACCGGUGCCCUGCUCCACCUGCUACGAAGAUGAUCCUUCUGAAUUCCCUUUCCCCAACGAGCGGUUACAGUCGGGCGCCCAAACAUCAGCUCAGGUUUCAGCACAGACGGCAAACGCCAUCUCGGAAGCCUUGGGUCAGAUGAAUCUCGGCACCGGCAGGAGUGCGUCGCUUCCCGCUUCCGACCGAGAGAACACGGCAUCGCGGGCCUCGUUACUACGAAGCACAUCGCAUACUACCACGCCUUUGGCCUCGGCAGUGGAAACCCCUCCGGUGAGCCCGCCGCCAACGUCGGGGAAGGACUCGGGCUUCCGGAAGACUUACGACACUCGGCGUGCCAACCCUUGUGAAAACUGUGCCAUGACUCUACCACGCCGGCAGGAAGGUGCCUCAGGCGAUGCAGGCAUAGAUCCGGGUGGCCCAGUCCUGCGUACGCGAGCACCUUAUGCUAGGGUUUUUGACUCGGGUGCAACCUCUGCACGAAGCUCGCAGACUACAUCAUCAUCCUCAUCAGAUACCGAGGAGGCUGGGAAUAAGGGACCGCAGACUGCUCAGCCUGGUCACUACAGGCACUGGCGGACAGGUACGAUUACGUCGACUACCUCCCGAUCAAGCGCCAGCAGCUCAACCACGCGAAGGAGCCAUACGCAUUAUGUUCACUAUACCUCGACCCACGAACCAGGAGAAAGUUCCUUCAAGAUAGUUCGCAACUCGUGCUUGCGUACUUUGUCCUUUGAAAUGCUACCUCGUGCUCCGGCCACUUCCCCACCGGCCGGAGGCUACCAAGGCGUGUCCCCUACUCUCGGACCAAACGUACCAUCACACACCCCGGCCUCGUUUGUGACGACGCACAGCACUGGCGCAGCUGCGUCAGGUGGCCCGAUGUUCUUUGGCGACCCGGCCGCUGGCUACACGACAGCCUACAUCUUCCGCAUACCUGACGUACAUGCUCGCGGCCACAAGCGAGUUUAUGCCUUCUUGGCACUCUCGACGCACCGUGAGCGACAGGCAAUGAAGCCAUUUGGCUUUAUCGCUGCUGCAUUCAGAGACCUCGCUGCUUGGAUCCAGGGUCUUGCGGAAGCCGAAGCUGAGCGAGCUGCCGAAAGCGUCGUUGCGAGUCCCGUCGUUUCAAACUCGCAAUAUCCCGGGAUGUCGGCCUUUGACCAACGCCCUGCUGUUGUUCCCGGAACCAGCAGCUUCCUUGCCGCGGCCGGCAACGGUAUCUCCCGAAGGAUGGGCUCUGGAUUCGGGGGUAGCAUCAGCGCUCCCCGGGCCAGGGGUCUACCGGAGCUUGUUGGCCUUCCCGACUUCUUUAUCGAACUCCACACUCGCUUCGUACGGCUUCUUCUCGAACUGGGCGUCGUGAUCAACUCAUGA